UUACUUAGUUAUGAUGCUUUAUGGACAUCUUAAUAUUACUUUGUGUGCUAAUAUAUUGAGUUGAGAUUAUUUUAAAAAUAUUUUCAUAUUUAGAGCAGCAAUGGCUAAAAGAAGGAAAUUGAGUAUUGGGCAUCGAGAAAAUAGUAAUGAAGGAAGACAGUCCAUUCCCACUAAUUCAAACUCAACCAAUGUGCAAGGAAGUAAUGGUGCAGAAACUGGUUCUAGUCCUAGUCAUACAGAAAGUGUCAUGCCUGAGUCUGUAGAAUCUCACUCCAUUCCUUCUAACAUAGAAGCUGAAGAAGAAGAACGUAUUGUGGAAGGACCUAAACGACGUAGAGGUCCAACAAGAAUGUUAGAUAUAUGGGAAAUGGAGGAUGAUUUCAUAAUUGUUAAGUUGGAUAACUUUGGACGACCAAUUGGUGAUGAAGGGACAGCUUUUACUCGUUACUUAGGUAGUAUUGUUAGAAGGUCUCAAUAUGCACCCAUCAACAUCAAAACUUGGAAAGAUAUGCCCUCAGAUAAUAAAAAAGCGAUGCUGAAACAAAUAGAGAAACGAUUUGAGUUUGUUCCUCCAAUAACCGAUGAAUUGCGAGAAAUGAUAAAAUCUGAUUUGAAUGAAAAAUGGAGACAAUGGAAGGGUGAUUUAAAGGCAACUGGAUUUGACCCAAGUAAAACAGUAGAUGAAAUUGUAUCUGGAAUUGAGUUACGUGAUGCUAGGAUUGACGAAGUUCAAUAUCCUGGAUUGGUUGAAUAUUGGUUCUCUGAUGAAGCAAAAAAAGCGAGCACAAUCAAUAAACAAAAUCGUGCCAAGUAUCAGGAUGUCCAUUGUAUGGGGACAAAAAGUCUCCCAAAAUUUAUUGAUGAAAAGAUGAAAAAGGGAAAAGGAGUGAUGCCUGGACGUCAAGAUAUUUACAUUGAAACUCGCACACGUAAAGAUGGGUCAAUUGUCAAUGAAAAAGCUGCAAGAAUGAUUGAAGAACUAAAAAAAGAUAGUAAUGAAGAUGGAACAUCUCAAUCAACUCAAAACAAUCAGGGUUCUAUGUCUUGGAAGGAUGACAUAUUUUCUAAAGUACAAGGAGCUGCAAAGAAGGGGCGCGUGCGAUGUAUGGGAAAGUUACCUAAAUCUAAAAAAUCAAAGGUUGAUUUGUCUGAAAAUGAAGAGCUGCGUGAUAGAGUUAAGACUAUGGAGGGCUUGUUAGCAAAUGUCAUGACUUUGAUUCAAAGUUGAUUUUCUGGAGAAGAUGUGAAUGAGAUAAUGCAAGUUUCU